AGACACCCUAGGACCAUUUUCACAUGCCCUGUUUUAUUUUUAACUUCCCCAAGUCAAGCCUUCGUUUUUGUUGGAUAUUUGUCUAUUCCCAUGCCGGGUUGGAAGUCGAUGCCUAGAGGAAUAUGCGCAGGGCUAGAGAAGUUUUUCCUUUGAAGUGACAGGAGUUGUUCUUUUACACCGAGCCGAAACAAACCUGAACCUCUGUGUGUGUGUCUUUUUUUUUUUUUUUUUUUUUUUUAAAGGAAUUUCCCUUCCCAAACUUUCCCUUCUUUUCUUAUUCUUUUCCCCCUAGCGGAUUCGGUGUGGACAUGGCUUGGAUUAGAUGGAACCUCUUACUUUCCAUAGGUUUAUUCGUUUCUCCGGUAUUUGUGUCCGCGGAGCAGCAGAGCCAGAGCAGCUUCAGGAGACUGUAUGUGCUGCAGCCCGGACCGGGACCAGGACAGGGUCUGGCCGGGGCCGACGGGGUGCGCGUCAGCUCCAUCUCGUCGCGUCCCGGCGCGGCGGGGCAGCCUCACUCAUACAACGUGGAGCUCACCGCCAGCUUCGGCGGCCAGAUCCGGACCCGCAGAAUGGGAAACCAAGCGAAUCCAAUCCCGCAGUUUGCUCAGCAUCAGUCGGUCGUCCGGCACAGCAGCAGCAGCCAGACCGGACACCCGCAGAACCAGCAGAGCCAGCAGAUGAAACUGACUGGGGUGAAUGUCUGUGGAGGGCAGUGCUGUCACGGAUGGAGUAAAGCCCAGGGGUCACAGCGCUGCACCAAGCCCAACUGCAUCCCACAGUGCCAGAAUGGAGGAAUGUGCCUGAGGCCUCAGCUCUGUGUCUGCAAGCCUGGUUCCAAGGGCAAGGCAUGUGAGCAGAAGACAGCGCACAGCCCCCCCUUUCCAGCUGUGCCUGGGAAUACACCCACCAAUGGAAACACCAAUGGACACAGCACUGGUCACUCAAAUGGUCACACCACUGGUCAUACUAAUGGUCACACCAAUGGACACAAUAUGAUACCCCAGCGGCCCAUACCUCAGCAGGUACCCCCGCAAGGUUAUACGGCCCCUGCCUCCCCUUCUGUCAGUAACAUGGCACAGAUGAGGCUGACCGUCAAGCAGGCCCCGCAGCUGGCCCGACCCCAGUACAUCCAGCAACAGGUCCGGCCCAUGCACCUGGGUCAGAGCCAGCAGUAUGUCAUCAAGCCCAAAUAUUACCACACACACACCACACACACCCAGACCCACGUCCAGCCACAACCUGAGAGGCCAAUUCCCCUGACAGUGGGACACAACCCCAUCCACGUGGGUAAUCACACUGGACGGAUCAAGGUGGUCUUCACACCCACCAUCUGUAAAGUAACAUGCACAGGAGGCAGAUGCCACAACAACUGUGAGCUGGGCAACACCACCACCAUCAUCAGUGAAAAUGGCCAUGCAACAGACACCCUUACUGCACCCAACUUCAGAGUAGUGGUGUGUCAUCUGCCCUGCAUGAAUGGUGGCAAGUGCAGUGCCAGGGACAAGUGCCAGUGCCCGCCAAACUUCACUGGAAAGUUCUGCCAGGUGCCCAUCCAGAAUGGGCACCAGCAACACCCGCAGACUUCAGGCAGUUACAGUCAAACACAAGUGUACUCCACACACACGCUGCCUUUGACCUAUAACAAUGGGCAGAAUCCUGUGAAGUUCAGCCCCAGCAUUGUCAACAUCCACAUUAAACAUCCUCCAGAGGCCUCCGUUCAGAUCCACCAGGUCUCUCAGUUGGACAGCUAUCACCACAAUGGCCACACAAUGAAGGGCUCCCAGUCGGGCUCUUCUUCCUCCACCAGCUACAGCUACCACCAUGCGGAAAGCAGCCAAAAGAUCCAGCACCACGGCCACAACAUGAUGUAUCCCAGCCAGCAUGGCUAUCAGCCUCCGCAGUACCAGCCUGUCACCUCCAAGAGCCAGCUGGGCCGCUGCUUCCAGGAGACCACAGGGAGUCAGUGUGGGAAGGCUCUGCCGGGUCUCAGUAAACAGGAGGACUGCUGUGGCACCAUUGGGACAUCCUGGGGUUUCCACAAAUGUCAGAAGUGUCCCAAGAAUCCAUCUAUCCCUCUGUUGGACUGUCCUCAAGGUUACAAGCGCAUCAACAGCUCUCACUGCCAAGAUGUAAAUGAGUGCCAGCUGCAGGGGGUGUGUCCUAAUGGAGACUGCAUGAACGCCAUAGGCAGCUAUAGGUGCAUAUGUAAACCUGGCUACAUCCCCGACCCCACGCUCUCCACAUGCAUACCCAACAUGCCUGCCAUCCAAGAGGAGAAAGGGGCUUGCUUCCGUUUGGUCAGCUCGGGGAGGCAGUGCUUACACCCGGUGUCUGCUCAGCUGAGCAAACAGCUCUGCUGCUGCAGUGUGGGCAAAGCCUGGGGCCCUCACUGCGACAAAUGCCCCCCCCCAGGAACAGCUAAGUUCAAAGAAAUAUGUCCUGGUGGAAUGGGCUACACUGUUCUACCAAAGCCACCUGUCAAUAAGCCAGCCAUCCCCUACCAGGAGCCUGUGGCCUUGCCACCCCCACAACCCCUGCCAACCCCAGAGAAACCUGUGGAAGCUUUUGGGAAACAAGAGGAGGUUGUGCCAGUAGUGACAGCUGCACCAGAUCAGGAGCUGGUAGUUCCUGUGGUUAGCGAUAGGCCAGUAAUUGGACCUAUCCUGCCCCAGCUCUCUCCUGGUGUGUUCACUGUCAGGAUGGAGACAGCCUUCCCAGAGGUUGUUGAGAGGAGCUCUCCUCCGACCCCGGUGGAGAUCCUCCCAUCCAAUGCGGGCCAGGACAUCGCCCCCACCCAGUCAGCUGAAGUGGAUGAAUGUCAGAUCAACCCUCACAUUUGUGGCGGGGGGGUUUGUUACAACACAGCUGAAGGCUACACCUGCCACUGUGAUGAGGGCUUUCGCCUGGACAAUGAGCACAACACCUGUGUAGAUAUUGAUGAAUGUUCGGAAAGCCCGUCUUUUUGCUUCAACGGUCGCUGUAAGAAUACCGCCGGCAGCUUCUUGUGUUUCUGCCAGCCGGGAUUCAUGACUGAUGAAGAGGGAACCAGUUGUAUAGAUGUAGAUGAGUGUCUGACACCAUAUGUAUGUCCAGAGGGAGAGACCUGUCUCAACACCAUUGGCUCAUUUCAGUGCCGUGGCUGUGAAAGAGGUUUCAGGUUAAGCCACACUGGAGUCUGUGAAGAUAUCGACGAAUGCCUGGACCUUGCAACUUGUGCCAAUGGAAAAUGCACCAACUUUGAAGGCUCCUUCACUUGUUCAUGUAACGAAGGUUUCCAGCUGCUUUACGGAGAAUCUUGCCAUGAUAUAGAUGAGUGCGAGAACGAGCUGCUCUGUACCAGAGGCCACUGCCAGAACACAGAGGGCUCCUUUAUCUGUGCCUGUGAGCCUGGCUUCAGGGCCUCAGCAGCUGGAGACCAGUGUGAGGAUGUGGAUGAGUGUGUGGAGGAGGCCAGGCCCUGUGAGGCUGAAGGACAGUGUGUUAACAACAUGGGCUCCUAUACUUGUAACUGCCCCCAGGGGUACAAACAGAUCAACGGUACUAGCUGCGUAGAUGUUGAUGAAUGUGUGGAUGAGCUGGAGCUUUGUUCCCCCCAUGGAGAAUGUGUCAACACAGAGGGAUCCUAUCAGUGUGUGUGUGACAGCGGCUUUGUUGCCAACCCCGACACACACUUCUGUGAUGAUAUAGAUGAGUGCGAGGACGAGCUGCUCUGUACCAGAGGCCACUGCCAGAACACAGAGGGCUCCUUUAUCUGUGCCUGUGAGCCAGGCUUCAGGGCCUCAGCAGCUGGAGACCAGUGUGAGGAUAUUGAUGAGUGUGGGAUCAAUGAGACUGUGUGUGGUCCUCAUGGUUACUGUGAGAACAGAGUUGGCUCCUUCCGUUGCCUUUGUGAGCAGGGCUACCAGGAGUCCCAGGACGGCCACGGCUGUGUGGAUGUGAACGAGUGUGAGCUGCUGAGCAGUGUGUGUGGUGAAGCCCAGUGUGAGAACGUCGAGGGUACCUUCCUCUGUUUGUGCCCCAAUGGCCAGGAGUACAACCCCAUGACUGCCAAGUGUAACCCUGUCCCCACAGUUCCGCCAGUGGAGCGUAAGGACUGCUUCUAUCCCCUAAAUGACGAGAACCUGUGCGAGAAUGUGUUGACCAGCCACAUCACCCUGCAGGAGUGCUGCUGCACGCUGGGAGCUGGCUGGGGGGACAACUGUGAGGUUCACCCCUGUCCUGUCAAUGACACUGAUCAGUUUAACCAGAUUUGUCCAUCUGGAAGAGGUUAUAUUCCUAUUGGAGACUCUGUAUAUGGAAUACCCACCCCAGACAGCUACAAAGAUGCAGAUGAGUGUGCGUUGUUUGGCCAGGAGGUGUGUAAAGGAGGCUUCUGUCUGGAUACUCUGGGCAGCUACGAGUGUUACUGUAAGACCGGCCAUGACUACGACCCCGCCAAGUUGGAGUGCAGAGACAUCAAUGAGUGUCUGGAUGAGUCAGUGUGUGCUGGGAGAGAAUGCCUGAACACAGACGGUUCAUACAUGUGUUUCUGUUCACACCCCAUGGAGCUGGACCCCGUCAGCAACCGCUGUGUCUUGGCCUCUGACAUAGCCGUUUCAGAGCACCGCAAGGCAGAGCAGGUGGACUACCUGGGUAUCUGCUGGCAGACGCUGACAGACAGUAUGACCUGCACUCAGCCACUGGGACCCAACAACAGGAAGACCACAUAUACAGAGUGCUGCUGUCUGUAUGGAGAGGCCUGGGGCAUGGAUUGUGCCCUGUGUCCACCCAGAAACACUGAGGACUAUGCCUCCAUGUGUAACCUGCCUAUGGGUGCUGGCCGGCGGCCAUAUGGGCGUGACGCCCUUGUUGCUGGCCCAGUCCAUGAAUAUGAAGUCAGCCCAGACUAUGCACCAUCACCUGACCAGCAGGCCGUCCUACCCCUUUACGAGGAAGAGGAGAGACCAUACCAGGCCUUUGAGGGUUUGCGAGCAGAGGAGUGUGGGAUACUGAAUGGCUGUGAGAAUGGCCGGUGUGUUCGAGUUCAGGAGGGUUACACCUGCGACUGCUUCGAUGGAUACACCCUAGACAUGUCACGCAUGGCAUGCAUUGAUGUGAACGAGUGCUUGGAGCUCAACACUCGGAUGGUGCUGUGUAAAAAUGCCAAGUGCAUCAACACCCAGGGUUCCUACCAGUGUGUGUGUCUGCCAGGCUUCACCACCUCGGAAAAACCAAACUACUGUGUGGAGGCAACAACACACACAGCACCGACAACACAAGCACACACACAGUGAAUGUGGACAAACACUAGGGGGACACAAGAAACACUUAACACACACACACAUACAUAUGCACACACACAUACACACUCAGACACACACUCUUAUUAAUCAAAGCCCAUAUAAUCUGCACUGUAUAAAAUACACACAUAAUGAAAUGAGCAAAAAAGUAAUUUACUUGAGAUGAAGAUUCAAGUUAAUCUAUGUGGUGCCUAUGUGGGGACGAGAAACACAGCAUUGUAUAAAAUGUAUUGUCUGUUUUGUCUGUUCCUUUUGUAAGUUUGUUUCUUAUUUUGUUUUAAAAGGAGUUUUAUGCGUGUUAAAGGGGGCCUUUUGCUCAUUUAACGCACCGACAAACCCUAUGGACUCUUACUGGGGGAUCGAGUUUUGUUUUCUACCCAGUCAAAAUCAGUGUGGAUAUUUAAUUCUGUGAAGAGGCCAGCUUUCUGUUCCCUCUCUUCCUCCAUCGUCAUCCCUCUGUCUGCCAUUAAGCUUGUUUCUGCACCAUGGCUUCACUCAAAUGUGCAGUAUGCACAUUUUACUGUACUAAAGCAUGUUGUUAAAGUUAAGUCUUUGGAAAUAAGCUUUUGGGGCCUUUUUGUUUUAUGAUGAUAAUAAAAUGCAAACGUAAAACUACUUCUCUGGGACAAUGGCAGGUUUAAGUCUUUCUUUCUUUUGUUCUUUCUUUCUUUUCAUUUUCUUCAUCUGCCCUGUGGAGCAGUCAUAUUCCCCUCCUUUGGUUAUUCCUUGGCUAUAUUUCUUUGGUUUUUGUAUUGUUUUGUUUUGUUUUUCAGAUGAAUGAAAUGAAGUUUUGCUUUAUGUGUAUUUUCCAUACUUCUCUUUUGUCUGCAUUUUACUGCAAAGUCUUGCCAGGUUGCAAAGCUGCUAUGGGACAGCGAUGGGAGGAAAAACUUUUGUACAUUUAAACAGAAGAGUGGAGACAACAGCUGAUGUAUUUGUAAUUUGUACAUGAAUAAAGCUCUUGUAUGGAUAUUCAUAUUACAAUGUAUAUUAAACUCCUCGGUAAUAAAUCACAAAUUGUGAUAUUUA